AUGUCUGAAUGUGAUCAGGAUUUAGAUAGCGUGAUGUUAUGUAAGAAAAUAAUUCACAGAAUGAGAAUGUCUUGUGUGAGUGAGACUGAAAGAAAUUGGAUUUCGAAUGUCAUUCAACUGUCUUCGCAUUAUGUUGUGAGCUGUUGUGAGAAUCCACUCAGAGUGUUUGUUUUGACUUGA